UUUGCUUUGCAGUAACGAUGAUCAGAGCAACAUUUGUGUCCUUACUCUUAAAGAUGGGAGUUCUGAGAUUUUCUCCCUUUGCACCUAAUUGAAAGUUCAUCAUUAAACAAACACUUUCUCCCUCUGAAUGCAGGUACAAGUCAUGUUUGUGAUAUGGAUUUUCACGCUAUCUGCUCUUCCAAACGCGCUGUCUGCUGGCUCCAUCUUCUGCCCGGACCCAGAGGCCGGCGACCAGAUCACAGAUUACGUGACUGAUUGCCUCGGCCUGCGCUUCACCUGGCUCCACUCGGUCUUCGAUAAUUUCCCCUCGUUGCUGGGCUUUGCUCUGAAGCUGCGCUGUGCGACGGGGCUUUGCCCACGCGACCUGGAAGACUACGGCUGCUCCUGCAGAUACGUGGCCGCUGGAAACCCCGCGGACCCUCUGGACACCUGCUGUGAGACUCACCGGCUGUGUUAUCAGGACGCUGCCCCCUGCAGGCAGCAUCUGCCUCUCCUCCCCGACAACUUCACCUGUUCAGCAGCAAACACCAGCUGUGACGCUGGUGAUGGCUGUCAGCAGAGGUUUUGUGAAUGUGACCAGGCCGCCAUCGACUGCAUGACUCGGAGCGCUUACAGCUCGACACUGAGAGGCCUCGCCGCGGCGUCCUGCGCCGCUACAAACCACACAGAUGUUCUCUCAGCGGUCAACGACUCUAUGAGCCAGCAGCUGUCCAACUCUUCCUUCCUGUCAGCAGAGAUGGACCCGCUAAUGACCAGCAGCGUGGGUAACCGGAGUGACGCCACAGGGAUCUACGGCGACUUCAUCACCCCACCGCCAGGCUCGCCCCUCCUGCUGACACCCGCAGAGGAGGUAGAAGAGGAAGAGACGAUUCCAACAAGUUUCAUCUCUGAAGAUUUGAAUGGGGGUGUGACGGAGGAAGCACUGGAGCAGGAAGACAUAAAUAACGAUCAGACGACCCACAAUCCACCAGCAAUCAGCCGCGAUUCAGAUCCGUUUGUCUACGACAGAGAAACGCUGAGUGAAGAAGAAGCAGAGCCGGACAAGCUCUCGGCACUCAGCUUCCGAGAUGAAAACGCGGUGACGUCUUCAACACCCACAACUUCAAACGCUGACACCUCACCUUCCAGUUGGACUACAACCUCCCUGAGAACUACAACUCCCAGAGAGCUGGAGGAGUCAUCUGAGGAAGGUUCAGUCAUCGUUACAAGUUCAUCACUGACAGCAGCAAAACCACAAAUCAGUCCACCGGAUGAAAUAAAGUCGUUAUCUGAAGAGGAAGAAGAGGAAGAAGAUGGGGAUGAUGAUGAUGAUGAUGAUGAUGAUGAUGAUGAUGGUGACGGAGGUGAUGGUGGUGAAGGGGAGCAGGGAGCUUCAGAUGAGCACGUCAAGGGUAUACUCCCAGCUGUGUUUACAACUACAACCGCCACAACAGCAACAACUACACCGACUGUAACCACGGAGAAGUCCAACCAAGGGAAAGGAAGCUCCACACCAUCCGCAAAGAAAAUUUCAGCCUCAAAAACAGGUGGAGGAGGUGUCACCUUUCCAUUUACACCAGCAACACCUUCAGCUUCGGAGGAGGCCCGAGAGCAGGGUGACAGCACGGAGAAGGCAACUCAAGGCCCAGAAAUGGUUACCAGGGUGACAAAAACAUCCUCCACAAGAGGCUCCCGACCAGGAAGCAACCCCGAGGAAACGGCCGCCGUCUCACCCGCGACUCCUGAUUCAUGGGAGGAAGACUUGAGUCUGCACACACCUGCUGCUCUUCCUCUCAGCCCGCUGAGCCAAGGACGGGAAACUCACCAAUCCACAACGCCGCCGUCAACGAGAAGCGUCUCUCAGACGUCACAGGAACGAAGCCGAGUCCCCUCUGUCAGACCCCGAUCAGAGACCGGCGCCUCCAUCCGACCCACGCCGGCCGCCUCGCACACGGCUCCCGAGGCUGAAUCUGACGAGGAGCGGCAGGGAGAGACGGAAACAGCAGAGGAGGCUCCGUGUGUGGAGGAAGAGAAGGCAGACAGCUCGCUGGAGAAAGACACAGACGACUGGGACGUGGCUCAGAAGAGGACGGUGCCGUUCUUCGCCUGGUCCCUGCUGGAGUCUGUUGGCUUGUCCGACAUCCAACUACAGCCAGACAGCAAAGAAUGCAGCCGCUCCUUCACCGUGUUCGGCAGCGACGGGCGAGCCAGGAGGGAGAUGGCGGCUCUGGGGGAGAUGCUGCACUGCCUGACGGGACGGUGCCCACACGAGUACGAGAUGUACGGCUGCUACUGCGGACAGGAGGGCGGGGGGCAGCCUCAGGACCAGCUGGACAGGUGUUGCUUCUUCCAUCAGUGCUGCCUGAAGCAGAUCGGCUCCAUGGGCUGCCGCUCAGAGAGGAAGCUCAACGCUCACGUCUCCUGCGACAACGGGAAACCUCGAUGUCAGGGCGUCUCCGUCUGCGAUAAGCUGCAGUGCGUGUGCGACAAAGUGACGGCCGAGUGCAUGGCAGCGGCCCACUUUAACCACAGCUUGCCGUCGCAGCAGUGCCGCGGCCCCGCGCCUCCCUGCCGCCGGGCCAGCAGGCCCCCCAAACCACGGCUUUCCCCUCAGUCCAGCGAGGAGAGCGAGGAGCCGCAGGGAGGAAACUCGGACGGGAAUAUCCGGGACACAUCAACGGAUACAAACACACCGCCGCCACGCCGAGAGCAUAACAGUGAUGAAGACUCUGACCUGCAGGACGAAGAGACGCCGAAGAAUCCUCUGGCUGGAUGGUCCGCCAGCUCCACACCCCCCCCUCCUCAUCCUCCUCCUCUUCCUCCCUCCAGCGAGGAGAGCAGAGAGCCGCCCAGAGGGACACACAGCGGGAUUCAAACCCACAACCAGAGGCCAAGUGCAGGGCAGAGCCAGGGCCAAAGACCAGCCGGGAGACCGGGGGGGACUGGACCAGGGGAGACCGGGGGGAAAGAGGAGGAGGAGGAAGAAGAGGAGGGGGGAGAGGAGGAAGAGGAAGAGGGGGGAGGAGCGGAGGAAGAGGAAGGGGAAGAGGGAAACUAAAAGCAGGGUUUCCUCCCAGUGUAUCGCAAGCCUGGUGGCCCACUGGGCCUAACUUGCCCCCCCACCAGGUCUAAGCCACUGGGAUUUUUUUUUUUGGUAAUGUAUUUCUUUAAGACAUUUUAAACUACAGUCACAGAAGGGCGGCUCGGUUUGAAACUUGGGACAUAGACGUUCAGUUAGAGUUUAGCACUG